GUGGAUUCACACGGACGGAAAUAGUGGUGCACACUUCAACACAAACAGUGGAUGGCGAGCGAAACAUUGAAUGCCGGGUCACGCUGGUAGGGUACUUUAAGUCUACUGCAUCAUUGUGAGUGUAUAUAAGCAGCGAGCCAUGCCUACCGUGGUGUUAAUGGACGUGUCUCUGUCCAUGACACGGCCAGUGUCACUGGAUGGCAGCGAGGAGUUUCAGAGGAAGAACCUGGCUGUCCACGGACUCAACAUGUUGUUUGAACACAUGGCCUCAAACUACCGUUUGGAGUUCACAGCUCUGAUGGCCUUUUCUUCCCUCUGGGAGCUCUUGGUGCCUUUCACCAGAGAUUACAAUGCAUUACAGGAGGCUCUGAGCAACCUGGAAGACUAUGACAAGACCUGUGUUGAAUCAGCUCUUAAUGGAGUUAGUAAUGUAGUACAACAGGAGUGGGGCAGUGCCUGUCCCUGUCAGGUGAUGCUGGUUACUGAUGGAUCUCUUGGUAUUGGGAAGGGUUCUCUACGUCACUCUCUCCAAACACUGAAGCAGCGUGGGGAUGACAAGAAGUUCCCACUCCCUUUCCCUUUUCCUACAAAACUGUUCAUCAUGUGUAUAGCCAAUGCAGAAGAGUUACAGAUGACUGAUGCUAUGGACAAUUUGGAGGAACUACUUCGUCUCAGUGGAGGGGACGGACAGAUCUUCACCGUGGAGGGACCGCUUUGCAUGAAGAGUGUACAGGCCAUGUUUGGGAGGUUGAUUGACCACGCAUACUCCCCUUUCCAUGCAGUCCUGCACUGUGGGAACCUGUCCUCAGACGUUCAGGUGUUCCCUCGUCCUGAGCCUAUAGUGGUGGAUGAAGAGGUGGAGCCCAUGCCCCGAACAGUCAGUACAGAUCUGGAAAUUGUGGGCUUCAUUGAAAUCGCUGAUAUUUCCAGUCCUCCUGUUAUAUCCAGACACUUGGUACUGCCUAUUGCUGUAAACAAAGAGGUGGAUGAAGUUGGUGCAGGAGCCACAGAUGAGCUUGAGGAGGAGCCCUCUGCCAGUCAGAUGGCAGGCAAAAGUCCAAAUUUUUGUGUGCUCCUACAUGGCAGCCUGAAAGUAGAGGGCAUGGUGGCACUGGUCCAGCUGGGGCCAGAGUGGUACGGCAUGCUCUACUCCCAAGCAGACAGUAAGAAGAAAUCAAAUCUGAUGAUGUCUCUGUUUGAGCCCGGGCCAGAACCUCUGCCUUGGCUGGGCAAGAUCUCACAUUUGGGGCCAAUAUCAGAGGCUGCAGAAAAUCCCUAUGGAGAAGAUGACAGUAAAAGUCCUUUUCCCGUGCAGCCACAGGUCAAACGAAGCUAUGCCCAGAAUGUUACUGUGUGGAUAAAGGCCAGUGGACUACAGACUGAUGUGCAGAAGAUUCUGAGGAAUGCCAGAAAAUUACCUGAUAAAACUCAAACCUUCUAUAAGGAGCUCAACCGUCUGCGGAAGGCUGCCUUGGCUUUCGGUUUCUGGGAGCUCCUGAAGGGAGUGGCCGACCUGCUGGAGAGAGAGUGCACUUUGCUGCCAGACUCUGCUCAUCCCGAUGCCGCGUUCCAGCUCUCCCACGCCGCACAGCAGCUCAAACUGGCAAGCACUGGUGAUUCCCAGUACGCUGCUUUUGAUCACAAUAUUGCCCCCAUGCACACUGACUUCUCAAGCUGAGCCAAGUCUGAAUUAGAGAAAGAAACUGACUAAAAUGAAGCAGCCUCAGCCUGUGUGGACCAAUGUGGAGACACCAGGUGUAUGCUGGAUGUUUAUUUGAAGAAUUCAUCAAAGGGGGCUGCUUCAAGAACCUGUUUGUGGAAGUGAUUAAUGGUGGAUAACUUAAACUCCUCUGUGACACUGCCUAAACAUGGCAAAACGUAUACAGUGAGGUGUUUGUAAUAUGUUUGCGUGUACAUAUUUUUUUACGUUACUUUGUAGGAUCGUUUUUCACAAAUAGAACAGAUUUAAAUUUCA